AUGUUGGAGCUGAGGCACCGGGCGGCCGGCGGCCUCGGCCCGGGAGCGGCGGCGGCCCGCGAAGGAGACGGCGCUGGCGGCGACCACGAAGCCGAGAGCACCAGCGACAAGGAAACUGAUAUUGAUGAUAAAUAUGGAGAUUUGGAUUCCAGAACUGAUUCUGACAUUCCAGAAGUUCCACCAUCCUCAGACAGAACUCCCGAAGUGCUUAAGAAAGCUCUGUCUGGCUUAUCUGCAAGGUGGAAAAAUUGGUGGAUUCGUGGAAUUCUUACUCUGACUAUGAUUUCAUUAUUUUUCCUGAUCAUCUACAUGGGAACAUUUAUGUUGAUGCUUCUUGUGUUGGGCAUCCAAGUGAAAUGCUUCCAUGAAAUUAUUACAAUUGGCUAUAGAGUAUAUCGUUCUUAUGAGCUACCAUGGUUUAGAACACUAAGCUGGUAUUUUUUACUGUGUGUGAACUACUUUUUCUAUGGAGAGACUGUAGCAGAUUAUUUUGCUACAUUUGUUCAAAGAGAAGAGCAACUUCAGUUCCUUAUACGCUACCAUCGAUUUAUAUCAUUUGCACUGUAUCUGGCAGGUUUCUGCAUGUUUGUACUGAGCUUAGUGAAGAAACAUUAUCGUCUUCAGUUUUACAUGUUCGCAUGGACUCAUGUCACUUUGCUGAUAACUGUAACUCAGUCUCAUCUUGUCAUCCAAAAUCUGUUCGAAGGCAUGAUAUGGUUUCUUGUUCCAAUCUCAAGUGUUAUCUGCAAUGACAUUACAGCCUACCUUUUUGGAUUCUUCUUUGGGAGAACUCCCUUAAUUAAGCUGUCUCCUAAAAAGACUUGGGAAGGAUUCAUUGGAGGAUUCUUUUCCACAGUUGUUUUUGGAUUCAUUGCUGCUUACUUUUUAGCAAAGUAUCAAUACUUUGUUUGUCCAAUAGAGUACAGAAGUGAAGUCAAUUCAUUUGUAACUGAGUGUGAACCAUCAGAACUUUUCCAACUUCAGACUUACUCUGUUCCCCCCUUAUUGAAGAGAGUGUUGAGAUGGGAUACAGUGAGCUUGUAUCCAUUCCAGAUACAUAGCAUUGCCCUUUCAACAUUUGCAUCUUUAAUUGGUCCAUUUGGAGGUUUCUUUGCUAGUGGAUUCAAAAGGGCUUUUAAAAUUAAGGAUUUUGCAAACACUAUUCCUGGACAUGGAGGAAUAAUGGACAGAUUUGACUGUCAGUAUUUGAUGGCAACUUUUGUGCACGUGUAUAUUACCAGUUUCAUAAGGGGCCCAAAUCCCAGCAAAGUACUUCAGCAACUGUUAGUGCUUCAGCCAGAGCAACAGUUGAAUAUCUACAAAACCCUGAAAUCUCAUCUCGUUGAGAAAGGACUCCUCCAGCCAUCCCUGAAGUUAUAGCUGGAUCCAUGAGGAACUUUAAGCAAUUCUGUAGAAAAGCACUGACAUAUAUUUUGCACCUGUCUAGAAAAAAUGAUUUAAUAUGCAGUAAAUUGAGGUUUUUAAAGACAUGAAUGUUACUUCUCUAAAAUUACUGUGAAUAUUUAAUAAACAUUUGAUCCAAGUAUGAAAUAUAUAACAAAUUGCUUGCAAAACUAUCCUGUAUUUUUUCUAGUGUAUCUCAUGAUGUUGACAAGACAUCCCACUCCUUAUCUACAGGGUUUCAGAAUGGAAGAACUCAAACAUUCUCAAAUGUAUAAAUUAAGGAAAUGUUAAGGUUGUCCUAGAUAUAUCCCUUGGCCAAGUAUUUGUCCAUGCGAUUCAAAACAGCCCUUUUAGCUAAAGGUUUUAUAGUACAGUAGAAAAUCCACUUAACCAGUAGAUUCUCGUUGUUUUAUUCUAUUUUCUCAAGGAUAACUGUGUGACUAAGGCAUGAAUAUACUUAGUAUAGCUGAAAAGAAUAAAAUCAUUUGUCAGGCAAAAGGGUAUUUUUUUUUAAAGAUGAGGGUAAAAUAAAGAGACUAAUCUGCAUAUCAGACAAUUGGCCAGCAUUUAACUCUUUCUAAUUAAAUUGUAUGUAACGUUCUCUAGGAUCAUCAGUGUGACUGAAGGACAAUAUGAAGAGCGUUCUGUUCUGCCUGAGGUACCCACUGUCAAACACUCCUUUGGGGAAAUGGAUUCAGAACAGUCACAGGUCCAAAACAAAAGACCCCAGUUUAGUUAGUAGACAUAUGGCAGGAUAUUUGCGGUAAGCUGUUUAGACUUAAGGCCAUUUCAGUUUCCUUUCCUUGACUGUAUUGGCCUCAUCAGAGAUGCUGACACCACUGUGGCACCAGGGGCUGCUUCUACACCAUUGGCUUAUAUCGUGAUCUAUCUUUAAAGUCGUGAGUAAAUCAUUGAACUUGAGGAAGGAGACUUUGAUCGAGAACAGAAAGUCCAAGAAGGCCAAGCCUUUGCUUUGGUUUACUGGAGACCUGAACCUAAUUACAUUUGUCAUAAAUGGAUCUAAACAAACUACUGAUGGUGUAGAAAUUCUCACUCUUUAUUUAGUUUACUGGUUGGAACUAACACUUGAAGAAAUUUAGUGCUCCUGGAUUAAACUACAUAGGGAAUGACAGAUGUAUCUGUAAAGAACAUUACACCAACAAGAACAGUCAAUAUUUUUGUUUAUGUCAGAAUUAAAUUCCAAUCACUUUUGAAUAUGUAAUGUGAGAAGUUUCUUUUAGCCUUAGGCACUAUGUAAGUAUUCUGUAAAUAGCCUGGAAACAUGAGAAAUGGUUGAAUGGAGAGCUGAGAAUUCUACUGCUUAGUCCUACAUUCAUUUGGUUAUCAUUUGUUAUUGAAUGAGUACAAUCAGCAAUAUCUCAUUGUGCUUUUCAAUAAAAAUCUCGAAAUGGCAUUGGAAGAUUC